AAACCGGAAGCGGAAACUUCCUUUGCCAGCACGGGUUGUUAGCUUCUGCUUAACCCAGCGAGAAAAACAAACCGGAGCAAGCAUGGCGGACGCUGACGUCGACGAGCUUUCACAGCUCGAAUUUUUAUCUUUAGUGUCCAAAGUGUGCACGGAGCUUGACAACCAUCUUGGAAUCAGCGACAAAGAUUUAGCUGAAUUCGUUAUCAGUCUGGCGGAAAAAGAACCCACAUUCGACGGUUUUAAAGCGCUCCUGCUUGAAAAUGGAGCCGAAUUCACUGACUCCCUCAUUGGUAACUUGCUCAGACUUAUUCAGACUAUGAGACCCCCGUCUAAAUCGGCCGCAAGAAAAGCCUCUGAAGUUCAGAAGCCAAAGUCAGAAAAGGACCGGCUGAAGGAGUUGUUCCCCGCACUCUGCAAACCAAAUGAAGCACCACCGAAACUCCUGGAUGAAGAGGAUGUAAAGGUGGCAGCCGACGCUAUGAAGGAGCUGGAAAUGUUCAUGCCCAGCGUUAGCAGCAGCGACUCCAAAAGCGAGCGGAGCCACACGGACAAGAGCAGACGCCGCAGUCGGAGCAGAAGCCGUGACCGACAUAGGCACAGGGACGGUGACCGCAGGAGGCGCCGCCACUCGCGCUCCAGGUCCAGAUCUCGCUCCAGAGACCGUGACCGCCACAGGGACCGCGACCGCUCCAGGAGGCGAGAGCGGUCGUCCCGUUGGAGUGAUCGGUCGCCGAGCCCUCGUAGGGAUCGAGACCGGGAUUGGAAGGACAAACAUGUGGAUCGACCGCCCCCGGAGGAGCCAUCUGUUGGUGACAUAUACAACGGAAAAGUCACCAGCAUCAUGCAGUUUGGAUGCUUUGUCCAGUUGGAGGGCCUCAGAAAACGAUGGGAAGGUUUAGUGCACAUUUCUGAGCUGCGACGCGAGGGCCGGGUAGCCAAUGUUGCCGAUGUGGUCAGCAAAGGCCAAAGAGUCAAGAUCAAAGUUCUGUCUUUCACUGGCUCCAAAACCAGUCUGAGCAUGAAAGAUGUGGAUCAGGAGACGGGCGAGGACCUGAACCCCAACAGGAGGAGGAAUGUCGGACCCGACGGCAGCGAGGAAGUGAACAUGAGGAACCCCGACGGGCCAAGCAACCUCAACCUGGGCCCGGCCCGGGAACUGGAGCAGGAUGACACGCUGGAGAGGAAAAGGCUCACCAAGAUUUCUGAUCCAGAGAAAUGGGAGAUCAAGCAGAUGAUCGCCGCCAACGUUUUAUCCAAGGAAGAAUUCCCAGAUUUUGACGACGAGACAGGAAUCCUACCCAAAGUCGAUGACGAGGAAGAUGAAGACUUGGAAAUCGAGCUGGUCGAAGAGGAACCGCCGUUCCUGAGAGGACACACCAAACAGAGUAUGGACAUGAGCCCUGUCAAGAUUGUCAAGAAUCCAGACGGCUCGUUGUCCCAGGCGGCCAUGAUGCAGAGCGCUCUGGCCAAAGAGCGUCGGGAGCUGAAGCAGGCGGCACGUGAGGCCGAGAUGGACUCCAUCCCCAUGGGGCUCAACAAACACUGGGUUGACCCGCUACCUGACGCUGACGGCAGGCAGAUCGCGGCCAACAUGCGCGGCAUCGGGAUGAUGCCCAACGACAUCCCCGAAUGGAAGAAGCACGCGUUCGGCGGCAACAAGGCGUCGUACGGAAAGAAGACCCAGCUGUCCAUCCUGGAGCAGAGGGAGAGUUUGCCUAUCUAUAAGCUGAAGGAGCAACUCAUACAGGCCGUCCACGAUAACCAGAUUCUGAUUGUAAUCGGCGAGACGGGAUCGGGAAAGACCACGCAGAUCACGCAAUACCUGGCGGAAGCGGGCUACACCACGCGGGGGAAAAUCGGUUGCACGCAGCCUCGUCGUGUGGCCGCCAUGUCUGUCGCCAAAAGAGUUUCUGAAGAGUACGGCUGUUGUCUCGGACAGGAGGUGGGCUAUACCAUUCGAUUCGAGGACUGCACCAGUCCCGAAACGGUGAUCAAGUACAUGACUGACGGCAUGUUGCUGAGGGAGUGUCUGAUUGACUCGGAGCUUGGACAGUACGCCAUUAUCAUGCUGGACGAAGCCCACGAGAGGACCAUCCACACCGACGUCCUCUUUGGCCUACUUAAGAAGACGGUGCAGAAGCGCACGGACAUGAAGCUGAUCGUGACGUCAGCUACGCUGGAUGCUGUGAAGUUCUCGCAGUACUUCUACGAAGCGCCCAUUUUCACAAUCCCUGGGAGGACGUACCCAGUCGAGGUUCUCUACACCAAAGAGCCCGAAACGGAUUACUUGGACGCCAGCCUCAUCACCGUCAUGCAGAUCCACUUGACCGAGCCGCCUGGUGAUAUCUUGGUGUUUCUGACCGGGCAAGAAGAGAUCGACACGGCUUGCGAGAUCCUUUACGAGCGCAUGAAAUCACUCGGGCCUGAUGUUCCAGAACUCAUUAUACUCCCGGUUUAUUCGGCACUCCCUAGUGAAAUGCAGACCAGGAUUUUUGACCCGGCGCCGCCAGGCAGCAGGAAGGUGGUCAUCGCUACGAACAUCGCGGAAACGUCGCUAACCAUCGACGGCAUCUACUACGUGGUGGACCCCGGCUUCGUAAAACAGAAAGUCUACAACUCCAAAACGGGUAUCGACCAGCUGGUUGUGACGCCCAUUUCACAGGCUCAAGCGAAGCAACGGGCAGGCCGAGCCGGCAGAACGGGUCCGGGGAAAUGUUAUCGCCUCUACACGGAGCGAGCAUACAGGGACGAGAUGUUGACCACAAACGUGCCGGAGAUCCAGAGAACCAACUUGGCUAGCACGGUGCUCUCGCUCAAGGCCAUGGGUAUCAACGAUCUGUUGUCCUUCGACUUCAUGGACGCUCCUCCCAUGGAGACCCUGAUAACAGCCAUGGAGCAGCUGUACACUCUUGGUGCGCUGGAUGAUGAGGGACUGCUCACACGAUUGGGAAGAAGGAUGGCGGAAUUCCCCUUGGAACCCAUGUUGUGCAAGAUGUUGAUCAUGUCCGUGCAUUUGGGCUGCAGCGAAGAGAUGCUCACCAUCGUGUCCAUGUUGUCCGUGCAGAACGUCUUCUACAGACCCAAAGACAAGCAGGCCCUAGCAGACCAGAAGAAGGCAAAAUUCCAUCAGCCUGAAGGUGACCAUCUCACCUUGCUGGCUGUCUACAACUCAUGGAAGAACAACAAGUUCUCCAAUCCAUGGUGCUACGAGAACUUCAUUCAAGCUCGCUCGCUUAGGAGAGCGCAGGACAUCCGCAAGCAGAUGUUGGGCAUCAUGGACCGGCACAAGUUGGACGUGGUGUCUUGCGGCAAAGCCACAGUGAGGGUCCAAAAAGCGAUCUGCAGCGGUUUCUUCAGAAACGCAGCCAAGAAAGACCCUCAAGAGGGUUACAGGACCCUCAUAGACCAGCAGGUGGUCUACAUUCAUCCAUCCAGCGCUUUGUUCAACCGCCAACCGGAAUGGGUGGUCUACCACGAGCUGGUGCUCACUACCAAGGAGUACAUGCGUGAGGUGACCACCAUCGACCCUCGCUGGCUGGUAGAGUUCGCGCCCGCCUUCUUCAAGGUGUCCGACCCGACACGCCUCAGCAAGCAGAAGAAGCAGCAGCGACUUGAGCCUUUGUACAACCGCUACGAGGAACCCAACGCGUGGAGGAUAUCCAGAGCCUUCAGGAGACGCUAACGGCUUUUAGCACGUGUAGUCAAUUUGCUGACUUCAGAGUUGGACUUUGUAAAAAAUCCCCAAAAAAUAUACAUUUCCUUAAAAUGUUACUUUCAUGGUUUGUUUUUGACAAUUGCAACAUAACUAAUUCUAAGAAGUUACGCUAAUGUCGCCGAAGAAACGGACUAUUUAUUUCUACUAGUAUAAAACAUGGAGGCAAUCCCCCAAUUUUUUUUAAGUUAUAUAAAAAAAAAAAAAUCUGUGAAUAGAAAGUUGGUAUACAGUUCUUGCUCAUCUUAUUGCAACUUCAUUAAAUACAAUUUUUAAAAAAUGUUUUUGGCGUUGUAGUGACCGCUUUAAAAUUAUUAAAAAUGUUGAAGCCUUAAUAUAACAAAUACUAUGUUAAUAAGGAUGCUCAAGCAAAAAAACAAGCGAGACUAUAACACUUCAGUUAUUUAUAUUAAAAAUGCUUAAAUUGACUCCUUAAGACAAAUGCCCUUCAACUUACAUAUCUUUGCUAAAUAGUAUCAAAUUGCAAUAUGCAUUUUCUUCAUAGUGCUUAAUGUAAUAAGGCUAUCAAUUACGUGGUCAAAUUUACGUCGUUUUGAAUAAACCAAGUCCGAUUCAUUUUUGCACCUGGCCGACAGAAGGUGCACUAACUCAUCCUACGUAGUUUCAAAAGCGUAGAACAAGACUCGCUUACAUGUCAAAGCAAAAUGGCGACGCUGAACACGAGAACGUCAGCGACAUUAAUCUUUGGCAUCAAAAGUAUUCACAGAUUUGGAAAGGCAUGUUGGUACAAGUGGAAAGGAUCUCGGUGAGUCCAAAUGUAAAUUUCUAUAUGAAGGUUUUGCUGGCAUUUUCUUGUUUGCAAGCUGAAUUCGAAAGCUCCAACACUAGAUGGCGCAGGUCACCUAAACAUAACUCAUUCGCUCAGGUUCAUGUUGAAACCAAGGUAGGAAACUAGAAUUUCACUUUGUGAAGGAGAGUGGUCUUUAUGAUUCAUUUGAAAUAAUGAAAAAUGCAUCAAUUAAUACUCACAAGCUAAAUGGCUUGAUAUUUAGGGUGCGCUAUUCUUAAUCUACACUCAAUUUCCCAAAAGCUGAUAAUCAAUUUAAAGAUUUAUUAAAUGUGUAGUUGAAUUUGGCAUGUAAAUGCAAAGGGAAAAAGAUGUAUUAAAUGUUUAAAAUACAGGUUGGAAAAAAGUACAACAAAGAGGCAUUUUAAGGUGAAGGAUAAAAAAACUGGUGAAAGCGAUAACGCAUUGGAUUUAUGUAGCGCUUUUCAGUGAGCCUUUUUCAUUGUUUAUAGUCAAAAGAUUUGAACAGCUGUUUAUAUGCAUACAUAAUAGUGCUGUACAAUAUAUUUUGUCGUGUGUCACAAACAAAAGUUGAAGGAUUGCAAGUUGGCCAGUGCAUCCUUUGAUUUUCUGACAGCAGCCCUCAGAGAAAAAAGUUUGGACACCCCUCCUCUAACGGGAAAAGAAAACGACCGAAUUGAGUGUUUUUGACUCCAGUACAAAGCAUUAAUCAAGUACAGUUCCAUUGUAUACAACGUGUCCGUUACGGACCAUUGUCUUGAACAACUAUUACAGUAUAGUGCAUAUUAAAGAUUGGACACAGCCAUACUUUAACUGCCAUUGACAGCAGUAGUCGUUCAAUCAUUUUGAAAAUGGAUUGGAUCUCUAGUGCUGUCAGUAGUAGCUAGUAAGUUAACUUCCUGUGGUGGAUGAAGUACUCACGUUUUAUUUAAGUAUUUUUUUUUCCUCCUGUAUCUGUACUUUAGUAAAAGUUAUUGUACUAAAGUAUCUCCUGAUGCAAAAAUGUAAU